AGCAUCCCCUUCAGCACGGAACAACCCCAGCUGAAGGAGCUCCUCGCGAGUAUAUUUCACAGUGCAGACUACGCUCACCACUCGUCGCAGCCCCUGAACUUCGAAUUCGCAUAUACCGCAAGGUGACCAAGCGGGGCACCAGGAAUGGCAUAAUCACGCUUCCCACUGCGGAGGUCGGUGAGCAGUUCCUUCGCGACUACGGAGAUGAUUCGCCUCGCGGGCACGAUCCUUUCGGGCCAUAGUCUUUUCCCAUAGCAAGCAGGCGCCCAAUCGUCAAGUCUUGGGGUUUGUGCAACAGUCGCCAUACAAACCUCCUGUGGUCCUCCCGCACAGGAAUGGAUCUAUGAUACCAUCAAGCGACUUCAAUUCGGGUGGAUUGCCGUGACGAGGAGUAUUCUGUGGAGUGGGAGAGGAAAUUCACUCUGCCUGGCUCGGCGUACCUGGACUACAACGAAGACAGACGGCAGUUCCGGAUGGCGGCCAUGGAAACCGAGUGCACGCGCUUCAUGGCGAUCCGCACCUCGCAGGUGUACUGGACUGCUGCGACCCCGGACCAGUUCGGCGAGUCGUCCAUCUUCUUUUCCCUUCUCUAUCCGCCGUCAUUCGAGGAAGGGCCCGCGGACCCGGACUUCGUUGAUCCGGAUGGUUUGACGUUUGGGGACCCCUACUCGCUGCGGGAGCUCCUCGAGGUCACGAAGAUAUUCCGGUUGAGGAAAGUCGGGUUUGACAGAACCCACGAUCUCGUCGCCCCUUACACCUCCAUUGCUAUCCGACUCGUCUGCGAAUCUACGUCAGACAUCGCGGUGUACCGGGGCUUGUGCCGACGCGCUCGCCUUUCUGUCGACUCGUCCUCAUACACGGUUGUUCAGCGCGGACUGUUCCACAGAACCAUUCGCGAUACCUACAACGCUUGGAUAGAGACAUUGGACUUUGCUGUGGCCUCUCAGGUCAUAGCGCUAUCGCGCAAACGGCUCGUGGACAUGCGAGAGGUUAUGCAGUCUCUGCGCCCCGUCAUCGAUGUCCUAGUCCCUGAGCACGGCCCAUAUGUGACGAGCACUCUGCUGGCCGACUUGAAGACGCGAAUUGAGGCGCGUGUCUGGUACGGCGACGGGAUCGACGUGAACCAAGACACUCUACAGGAGCUCGUCAUAACUUGUGCUCGGCAACUUCUGCGUACCCCGCUACCACCAUUACCCCACGCGGAUCUCUUCCUUUGUACCCACCUCUACAUUACCCCUACCACAACAGUCAUCGAAGGCCCCUUCCCCGAACAAUCCAACCGAGUCAUUCGGCAGUUCUGGGACAACAGGGACAGCUUCCUUCGUGUUCACUUCACCGACGACAACCGACUCGCAUAUCGCUACGACUCCGAGAUUAAUCUUCGGGAGCUGAUCGGUCAACGUGUCAAGCACUUCCUAGUCAAAGGCUUUAUGCUCGCAGGGCGACACUUCGAGUUCCUCGGCUACUCGCAAUCCGCCCUGAAGAAUCACUCUGUUUGGUUCGUGAGGCCGUUCAAAGCAGCCGACGGUCGCACCAUCAACGCAGCCGCUAUCGUUGCUGGCCUCGGAUCCUUCACAGAUAACCCGUACGAUCCAGAGCUCAUCUACUGUCCCGCUCGAUACGGUGCUCGUAUCUCGCAGGCGUUUAGCUCCACCGAAUCCUCAAUCGCGAUCGCGGUGGAGGAGAUGGAGAUCGUUGACGACAUCAAGGACAGGACGGGAACGUACUCGUUCACUGAUGGAAAUGGUACGAUGUCUCUCCAGGUCGCGCGAGACAUAGCGGCCGACCAGCGGUCGAAAAGCCGAGUCAGACGUGCAUGGCGAGGCGCCAUUCCUCGUGUCAUACAAGUGCGCAUUGCUGGAUCGAAGGGGAUGCUCCAUGUCGACCAUAAACUGGAAGGCCGGAAGAUACGCUUACCCCGCUCAAUGGUGAAGUUCGCGGCUCCCACCUCGAAUAGCAUCGAGAUCGCGGGGCUAUUCGAGGAACCCUCCCGCUUCUACCUCAAUCGGCCGAUGAUCAUACUUCUGGAGGGCCUCGGAGUGCCGUACGAAGUCUUCCAGAGGCUGCAAGACGACACGGUCCGUGCGACCCAUACGCUCACGGACUCAUUGGCGAACUCGGGAUGGCUUCUCGACAUGCACGGGCUAGGGGGCUCGUUCAAGCUUGCAUCCACGGUUCAUCGCUUGCACCAGCUCGGCAUCUCAGUCGCCUCUCUGACUAGGAGAGGCCCGUGGCAACGCAUGAUGACGUUCGCCGUCAACCAUGUACUGCGAGAGCUCAAGUAUCAUGCUCGUAUCCCAGUACCUGGCGGAUGGACCUUGGUCGGGAUUGCAGACGUUCACGGCCAGCUACGCGAAGGCGAGAUCUACGCCUGUGUCAAGCCUGCAAAUGGUCCCGAGGUGUACCUUGAGGGACCUACGCUGAUCACGCGUUCGCCGGCGAUUCAUCCGGGCGACAUACAGGUCGUACAUGCGAUUGGCAAGCCACCGGAAGGGUCAGAUCUUGCUAGGGGAUGUUUGAGUAACUGCGUCGUAUUCUCUAUACGAGGUGACCGGCCUUUGGCGUCGUAUCUUGGAGGGGGAGACCUCGAUGGCGAUAUGUACAACGUCACAUGCGUUCCUCAGGACUUGCUUCCGGCGACGAGUAGACUUCAAAAGCCCGCGUCGUACAGCCCUGCGCGUCGUAAAGUACUGCAACGUCCGAGCACCGUGCAAGACGUUGCCGAUUUUGUGUCGGAAUUCAUUAUCAGCGACAACAUUGGUCUCAUUGCGGCGACGUGGCUCACGGUCGCGGAUAAGGAAGGGAUAUUCCACUUGGAUUGCCUCAAGCUCGCAGAGCUAUACAACGCUGCAGUUGACUAUCCAAAGACGGGACUGCCAGUCAAUAUCGAUGCUAUUCGCCCUAUCCAACGGCGCGUCUCGGAGAAGCCAGACUGGUAUAUUCCGGAGACGGUCAUCGGCUGGCAGCCACGAUACUACGUGAGCAAUAGUGCUCUCGGUCGGCUCUUCCGUGCUAUCGACCUGCCGCCCCUUGAAGAGCGCAGCACCGAGUCGUCUUACUUCGACCUGCCCGAGAUAGACGAAGGGAAAGGGAUCACGCUCGACGAAGUUCUCGCUGACAUACGGGCCAAGCCGUUCAGCCAUCGCAAUCUUCUCCGCCCGGUUGUCGCUGAAGUAGAAGAGUACCUGGGCCGCCAUCACCUCGACGAGGCCCUGGUGACGAAGACGUGGGAUCUCUUCACGGCGUAUGCAUCUCGCCUCCGAGGGACCUGCGCGGGGCAUGUUGUUGCAGCAUCGCGCUCGGCCAUACUCUCAGAGGAGGAAGUCGUCGUCGGCACGAUAGCGGCGAAGUGCGGGCAGAAUCGCAAGCGUGACGACAUAGUCGCCAAAGUUCGCGAGCAGACAGCGACGCUCGUGAACGGCAUCUGCGCGGAGUUGUCUGGAGAUGGCCAGGCUGAUGCGCCAACGCACUUGAAGCAAGCCUGGACGGCGUACAGGUUGUCGUGCACGCUGUCGAAAUGGUUCGGUGGACAAAGCUUUGGGUGGAUCGCAUUAGGGGAAGUUUUUGACGCAAUCCGCGAGAUCAAGGAAAAGAGGGAGGAGACAACGUAGACAGAAGCCUUUGCCUUUGAGAUUGGAAGACACGGUGUCGGAUGAUCUUGCUACUGUAUUAUGUCACACGUAUGACGAUUGAACAUAAUACCGACAUACACAUGUGUCGUCGUUGCGACGUGUACAAAAAACCAGUGACUUUACUAUGCCAAUACGAGCCUUCUUCCAGUAC